CACGUGUAGGACUUUAUUUACCUCCUCACAGUCGGCGAAUCUGGAGCAGUGUGACGAACAUUGAUCUUCAAACAACACACACAAAGUUUCUUCAUCUAGAUCUUUAUAUUUAAAAAAAGAUGAAAAACGUCCCAGCGUUUGUCAGCAAACUUUGGACACUUGUAGAGGCUCAGGCAACGAAUCACCUGAUCUGCUGGAGUCAAGAUGGCUGUAGCUUUCUUGUCCAAGAUGAGCAGCGGUUCAGCAAAGAAGUACUGCCCUUAUACUUUAAACACAGCAACAUGACCAGCUUUGUGCGCCAACUCAACAUGUAUGGCUUCCACAAAGUGUUGCACGUAGACUCCGGCUUGCCUAAAGCUGAAAGUCAAAUUAACUGCGUUGAGUUUCAGCACGAGGACUUCCAGAGAGAUCAGCCUCAUCUGCUGGGCCUCAUCCGCAGGAAGGUUUCUGUUAGCCGUGGGGCUGAAGAGGGAGGGCAAAUGUCUCAGGUAAUCGUUCAGGUUAGACAUUUCAGAGGCUGUCAAGACUCCUCAGACCUCAAACUCACGGCUUUGUGCAGGGAUAACGAGAGCUUAUGGAGAGAACUGGACACAUUAAGACAGAACUACCAGCAGCAGCACAAAAUCAUACGCAAGAUUAUAAAAUUCAUCAUCAACAGCGUACAACUGAAUGGGAUCAAAGGUUGCAAACGGAGACUCCCCAUGAUCGACAAUUCUGGAGAAUUUCACUCUGCACCUAAAUAUGCGCGUUCGUUUGGUGUGAACUCCACCCUGACAACUUCAUGCCUUCAAGAGAACCCCUCGCUGCAAGAGCUGGAUGUGUCAUCCGCUGACGUGUACUCCAAUGGCAUGAUCAUCUCUGACAUCACAGACCUGCUGGAUCCCACACCUGAGCUGAACAGAGGUUGCAUGACUGAAUGCCUUCCUGAAAUUCUACCAACAUUCUCGCCUCCCGCCUCUCCUUCUAUGCCCUCCAUGGACCUGGCACUGUCUUUUCUGAAUGACCCAGUUGUCCUGGAGUCUGAGGAAACAGCCCAGGAAAGAAAUGAUGUUUGUGACCCACUGGCGCUUAUUGACUCCAGUUUAGAAGCCAUCCGCUCCUGCUCGCCACCGUCACCACCAGACCUGGACAAUUUCAGCAAGAUUCUCAGUCCUGGCUGCCACAUUUCUGCUGCUAAAGUAACCGAGAGUAAGCAGGAAAGCCAGAAUGAAGAAAACACAGUUACACAUCAGAGAAGCUUGCAACAACACACAGACCUGCAGCAAGAGCACUGUGACGAUGAUGAUGGAGAGUUUUCGGAUAUUUUGCCAUCCCUGCUGCAGCUGGCACAAGAAGCUUCAAGUCUUUCCUUUAGCAAUACUAUACUGCCCUUAGAGAUCCCUUUUGUCAUCUAAAGCAGUGUUUCCCUAACCUGUUCCUGGAGGCACACCAACAGUACAUAUUUUGGAUAUCUCCCUAAUCAGAUCGAUUCAUUUCUGGUUUUGGAGUCUCUUCUUAUGUUCUGAUUUGUUGAUUUAGGUGUGCUUGAUUAGGAAGAGGUUGAAAAUGUGUACUGUUGGUGUGCCUUUAGGAACAGGGUUGGGAAACACUGAUCUAAAAAGCUCCAAUGCAUGAACUUUUGCAUCAUUUGUGAUAAUGGAUAUGGUGGUUGGUUGAUAGUGAAAAGUGGCAUCUAAAUUGACAGUUCUUCCAUUUGAUGAAGAGCUCGGAUGCUGCAGCAUACACUACCUGACAAUAGUCUUGUUGCCUAUCCAAGCUUUAGGAACAACAAAUAAUAUCUUGACUUCUAGUUGA